CGGACAUAAUCUUUUUUAGCCAUGGGAUCCAUUGCUGUCAACCAGCCAUACCGGCCGACGCCUGCCGAUAUCACCAUUAACAACCACAAACCAGGAGAUCCAUCGAAGAUCCUGUUCAAAAAUGUCCGGAUCCUGGAUUCGACCGGGCGGACCCCUUACGAUGGAAACGUGUUAAUUGAAGGAGAACGGAUCGCCGCCGUAGGCGAUGUCAGCGAUUCAGCCGCCCGCGGCGCAUUGGUGAUCGAUGGCGAAGGCAAGAAAACACUAAUGUCUGGCUUAAUGGAUGCCCAUACGCAUCUCAGCUUCAACAACUCAGCUACCCUUGAUGGCCUUACGAGUGCGCCACUCGAAGAACAUGUCCUAUCGACCGCUCAGUCGGCCAAGACCUACCUCGACUGCGGAUAUACCAUGUGUUUUGGCGCAGCAUCAGCUCAGCCUCGACUCGAUAUUGCUAUCAAGGGGGCCAUAAAAUCAGGUAUGAUUCCAGGUCCACGCACGCUGGCGAACGCACCUGAGAUUACAACCACUGGGGGAGCAAUUGUACCCGGUAUCUCGCGUAAUGCAGAUGGGCCGCAUGAGAUGCGGAAGCAGGUCCGGGAAUUCAUUAUGCUCGGGGCGGACAAUGUAAAACUGAGCAUGAGUGGUGAUGACAUCCACCCCACAAUGCCCAGCACGGAAACGUACUUCACUCUGGAAGAGACAGUAGCGGCAGUGGACGAGGCCCACAACCGAGGGAAACGUGUCUGUGCGCACGCGAGAAGUGCUCAAUCCGUCAAAUUUGCCCUCAAAGCUGGGGUGGAUGUUAUUUAUCACGCCAGUUUUAUUGAUGAGGAAGGCAUGAACAUGCUAGAGCAAAGAAAGGAUCACGUUUGGGUCGCUCCAGCUCUAAACUUCUUCUAUACAACCUGCACCGGUGAAGCGACUCCAUGGGGGUUGACCGCCGAGGAUGCUGCAAAGAAAGGCCUUAAAUACGAGGUGGAGACAGCCUGCAAGGCGAUGCAAGAGAUGCGCGAACGGGGAAUUCGUGUUAUGCCCGGUGGUGAUUAUGGUUUUGCUUGGGCUCCCCACGGGACAUAUGCCAGAGAUCUGAAACAUCUUGUGGACUUAUUUGGGUAUACUCCGAUGGAAAGUAUUAUUGCCGCAACCGCAUGGGGAGGAGAGAUGAUGGGAUACCCAAGCGAAUUGGGCAAGGUGGCACCCGGUUAUUAUGCGGAUGUGAUCCUCGUGGAUGGAGAUCCUCUAUCUGAUUUGGAGGUUUUGCAGAAGCAGGAGAGAUUGCAUGCAAUUGUUAUUAAUGGUCAUAUCCAUAAGCAUGUUGUACCCUCCCAGGCUGUUUGUGCCUAG